AUGGUGUUCCUGCUCUCGAUGAGCCAGCGGACGCGGCUGGAGCUCCGUCGCUGUUCGAUGCUGGAGCGGACCGGGAGGAGACAGAGAUUAUGGCUGGAUCACAAUCAAAUCCUUGAUGUCGCUUGCCUUGAAGAUGAUGUAUUCGUAGACAUCAUCACGAGCGGCGACUGGGUUGGCGGUCGGGCGCUUCUCGGUUCCGAACGAGCGAACCUUGGCCAAAGCGAUCGUCGAGUCGUUGGUGUCGACGGUGUAGAGGAUUCCCUCGUAGCGGAUGUCCAACUUGGAGAUCAGACUGAUCUUGCUUCCGAUGUACGGAGUUUGAUUCGACAUGAUUACCUGCAAAAAUAG